AUGCCAGACUCCAGCCCUGCCCAUACAUCCGUGCAUGGACCGGCGGAUGCCGUACCUACCCCCCAGCCCAGCUCCCUGCCCCCACGCAUCCUGUUCUCCGACCUGGAUGGCACUUUGAUCCACUACACGGACACCCUGCGGGACGUGGGCCUCUUCCCCACCACCUCCCCUGAGGGUCUGUGGCGGACCAGCCCCCCACCCCUCGGCUCGGCCCUGACCGCACCCCUGGACCUGCUCCCCCUGCCGCCCACCGCCUCCGGCUCCCAGGGAUUCAUCUCCACCACCAUCUUCGAGCGCCUGGCCCGUCUCAGGGCCCGGCAGGACGUGCGCCUAGUGCUGAUCAGCGGCGCCCGCGCGGGCACCCUGCUCCAGCGCCUGCCCCUGCUCCCCGCCGCCGACGCGUACGUGUGCGAGAGCGGGGGCCGCAUCUUCUACCCCGGCGCGGUCGGCUGGGCCGCGCACGCCGCGGCGCCGCUGACCGAGGACCAUGCCUGGCGCGGCGCGCAUGAGCCCGCCGCCGGCCCCGCCGUGGCGGCGGCCAUGAAGCCGGAGCGCCGCGGCGGCCCGCUCUGGACACUGUUCGCCGCGCUCAGCUCCACGCGCCACGCGCGCCUGCAUUUCGACUGCCGCGGCUACUCCACCGCCUUCCGCGUGCGGGGCGACGCCGCCGCGCUGGCGGAGAUUGCGGGGUCGCUGCCGGGGUCACUGGCCUGUGCCCGGAACCUGGGCGCACUGGACGUCUACCCCGCCACCAGCGGCAAGGUCAGCGCCGCGCGCCACCUGGCGGCGCGCUGGGGCGCCGACCUCUCCCGCGCCCUCUUCCUCUGCGACGACGACAACGACCUGGAGCUGGCAGCGGCGGUGGGCCGCGCCUUCCUCCCCUCCAUCACCUCGGAGAGCAUGGGCAGCGCGGCACGCACCGGCGGCGACGCCUUCUACGUGGCCCGCAUGCCGGUGCCCUGGAGCACGGAGGAGGUGCUGGAGGCGGUGGAGGCCGAGCUGGCGCAGGCAGAUGAUCAUGGGUCGUCCUCCAUGGGAGCCGAGCCGGGGCCGGUGGAGGCAGGGUCGGGGCCGGCAGGCGCGGAGGCCGAGCCACAAGGCGCGGGUGUCUAG